GUCCCUCCGCCGGAACUGUCCGGCUGCCCAAGCUUCCCGCUGGAGCGGCGAGCGGGCGGCCGGCGCGUGACGGGUGGAGUCUGCAGCCACGUAAAUGCCUCGGCGUCGAGGCAAGGGCCGGGCCUAGCAGCUUUCUGUGUUGGGAAUCUCUAUCCCUGUAAUGGUCUGAUCCCUGAAAAAAUCUACAGUUUCUGUGGUCCAGCACUGCAAUGUUGUGACAAUCGGUUUUGUGGAAGCUUGAAACCUCCAUGUUUAUGCACACUUCUAUACAAUUAAGGAGAUGGCCAGGACGUUUAUUUUAAGCCUUGGAGAAUACAUUUUUUCCUGCCAUAAUGACCACCAAACACAUUUUCGGUACUGAUGUUUGGUAUGGCUACUGCUGAUGAAUCCUACGUGGAAGGACAAAAUGGAAGCUUUGUUUCCUACAUGAUUGCGAUAGUUGAGAAAUGGACUGGCUUGGAAAUUCUGGAAGGCUCCCUGAAUUACCUCGAUUAUCUCCUCUGGGUCUUCACCCCCCUCAUCAUUGUCUUCAUUCUCCCAAUGUUUAUUGUACUAUUCCUAUAUCUUUCAAUCCUUUUUCUACAUGUGUAUAAAAGAAAGAGAGAGUUGAAAGAAGCUUAUUCGAAUAGUGUUUGGGAUGGUGCAAGGAAGACUUUGGCAACUCUUUGGGAUGGACAUGCAACUAUAUGGCAUGGCUACGAAGUUCAUGGAUUGGAAAAGAUUCCUCGUGUAGGGCCUGCCCUUAUUGUUUAUUAUCAUGGGGCCAUACCUGUGGACUAUUACUAUUUUUUAGCUAAAGUAAUUAUCCAGAAAGGAAGAACCUGCCAUUCUGUAGCUGAUCAUUUCCUUUUUAAGUUGCCAGGUUUUAAAUUGUUGUUGGAAGUUUUUAGUGUUAUGCAUGGUCCCCAAGAGGAGUGUGUCAGAGCAUUAAAAAAUGGACACUUGUUGGCCAUCUCACCAGGCGGAGUCCGUGAAGCACUGUUUAGUGAUGAGACUUACAGAAUCGUUUGGAGACGACGGAAAGGAUUUGCCCAGGUGGCAAUUGAUGCUCAAGUGCCCAUUAUACCUAUGUUUACACGGAAUAUUCGGGAAGGAUUUAGAACAUUUGGAUGCUUUGGUUUUUGUAAAUGGUUGUAUGAAAAAUUUAAAUGGCCAUUUGUUCCUAUUUAUGGGGGAUUUCCUGUCAAGUUUUGCACCUAUUUGGGUGAUCCUAUUCCGUAUGAUCCCAAUAUUACUGCUGCUGAGCUUGCUGAUAAGGCAAAGCAAGCUGUGCAGAGCUUAAUAGAAAAACACCAAAUAAUACCUGGAAAUAUAUUACGAGCCCUUCUGGAGCGUGUUCACUGGAGAGAGAAAAAUGAAUGACUAUGCUUUUGAGGACUCAUUUAGUGAACACUUUUUAAAACUUUUCAUUUUCAAGAGUCUACAUCUAUACAAAUACUGAAUAAUGUCUCCUGUUGUGCAUUAAAAUUACUCUGUUGAACAUG